AUGAAAUUAAUAAAAUCAAAGUUAUUCACCAAGAAAAUCCAUUCAUCUUAUAUUUCAAAAUUGGAAUCUGGAUCUUCUUCAGGAAUUGAAACUCCUCAAUAUAAAGAUGAUUUAAUAACCAUUAAUGAGGAUUUGAUUGAAGAAAUUCCAAAAUCAUUCCAAAAAAUGAUUUUUGUUUCUGAAUUUACAAAAGGAACUGGAAAUUCUGGUACCUAUGGAAAUACAUCAUCAAAAUCAUCAUCACAAGAGGCAACCACUGCAAAGGUUCAAUCUCAAAAACAACAACAAAAUGUAUCAGAGAAAAUCUAUCCAAAAGAUGAUAGACAAUCAACUCUUUGUCAUUUCGCAAAUAAAGAAUUUUUAAUUUAUGGAAAUGGUGAUAUUAUUCCAAAUGGUAUUGAAAAUAUUGCAAUUGCUUUUGGACAUAGUAUACCAGCAGCUAUUCCUUCAUUUGUUGAUGGUAUAUUAUUACCAGAUGGUUACAGCGAACCUUUCCCAACAUUCCAAUCUACUUGUAAAAAGUUAUUUGUUUUCGAUAUUAAACUCCCAUUGAAUAAAACUACUAUUCCACAAUAA